GAUUUCAUGAUAACCGUCAAGUCCUUGAAGCAAGCUUAGCGAGUCGUUUACCGAGAGACGCUUAUGUAAAUAACCCGACACCGGAACACACGCCGUGAUAGCUUGUCGCUGUACCUGUGACCUGGUGAUUUAAAAGAUACAAAGGGAAUGACGUCAGUGACUUUCAAGACUAACAACGCGCUGGGAGACUGUCCGGGGAUGAUGCACGGGGAUCCCGAGAAAUCUAAAAUGGGCCUCGUGGUGGUGCAGGAAUGGUGGGGAAUGAACGAACAGAUCAUCGCACGCGGCAACGAGCUCGCGAAAAUGGGUAAUUUCGUCACGCUGGUUCCCGACCUGUACCGUGGUAAAGUGGCAACGGAUCACGAGGAAGCCGGGCACCUAAUGGGUGGUCUUGACUGGGCCGGGGCUGUAGAGGACAUCCGGGGCGCCGCGCUGUUCCUUAUGGGCAAAGGUUGCAGAAAGGUAGGCGUCACAGGCUACUGCAUGGGCGGUGCUUUGAGUAUCGCAGCGGCGGCGCUAGUCGGGGAGUUGUCGGCGGCUGCCCCCUUCUACGGCACCCCGAAGGAGGAGCUCUGUGACGUCAAGACAAUCAACAUCCCGUUACAGGCGCACUUUGGGGAACUGGACACUAUCGCCGGCUUUUCCGCCCCGGAAGAUGCGCGCGCGUUUGAGGCGGCCAUGGCUGGAAAGAACAAUUUCGAGUUCUUCAUGUACCCAACGGGUCACGGGUUCACCAAUCCGAACAACAAGGAAAAUUACAAUAAAGAGUGCGCCGAUCUCGCGCUUUCAAGGACAGUGGAUUUUAUGAAGAAGCAUCUCAGUUCUGCUCGACUCUAAAGGGUGAAAUCGGUGUACUAGUACAGCUAUAACUUUUAGUCGUAGAUAUGCCCUUAACCAAGCAAAGGAACGUCAGACUUUAUUUUCUUUUUGUCAAAUAAAUGUAUGCAUGUACCUGCAAAUAGAAAAAUAGUGUAAGAGUUGAGUUGAAGCUCUUUAAGCACGACAGGGCUUCCAAAAAGUACAUUGUAUUUCUUUGGUAAGACUGUUACUUAAACAGGGUUUGCAAGGAUAGAAUUAUUUUUAGCUCAUCUAUUUUUUGAAAAAAAAUUAUGAGCUAUUGUCAUCACCUUGGCGUCGGCGUCGGCGUCGGCGUUGGCGUUGGCGUCGGCGUCUGGUUAAGUUUUGCGUUUAGGUCCACUUUUCUCAGAAAGUAUCAAUGCUAUUCCAUUCAAACUUGGUACACUUACUUACUAUCAUGAGGGGACUGGGCAGGCAAAGUUAGAUAACUCUGGCGUGCAUUUUGACAGAAUUAUGUGCCCUUUUUAUACUAAGAAAAUAUAUAACUUUGGUUAAGUUUUGCGUUUAGGUCCACUUUUCUCAGAAAGUAUCAAUGCUAUUGCAUUCAAACUUGGUACACUUACUAACUAUCAUGAGGGGACUGGGCAGGCAAAGUUAGAUAACUCUGGCGUGCAUUUUGACAGAAUUAUGUGCCCUUUUAAUACUUAGAAAAUUGAAAAUUUUGGUUAAGUUUUGUGUUUAGGUCCAUUUUAUUCCUUUAGUAUCAAAGCUAUUGCUUUCAUACUUGCAACACUUACUAACUAUCAUAUGGGGACUGUGCAGGCAAAGUAAUGUAACUCUGACUGGCAUUUUGACAGAAUUAUGUGCCCUUUUUAUACUUAGAAAAUUGAAAAUUUGGUUAAGUUUUGUGUUUAGGUCCACUUAAUUCCUACAGUAUCAAAGCUAUUGCUUUCAUACUUGCAACACUUAUUAACUAUCAUAAGUUGACUGUGCACGCAAAGUUAUGUAACUCUGACUGGCAUUUGGACGGAAUUAUGGGCCCUUUAUACUUAGACAAUUGAAAAUUUGGUGAAGUUUUGUGCUUUGGUCCACUUUACCCCUAACGUAUCAUAGAUAUUGCUUUCAUACUUGGAACACUCGCAAACUAUCAUAAGGGUACAGUAAAAGGACAAGUUGCAUAACUCUGGUUGUCAUUUUUAAGGAAUUAUGGCCCUUUUUUUACUUAGUAACUUUGAAUAUAUGCUUAAAUUUUGUGUUUCGAUCCACUUUACUUAAGUAUCAAGGCUAUUGCUUUCAAACUUCAAAUUCUUUCAUGCUAUCAUGAGGUUACUGUACCUGGCAAGUUGAAUUUUACCUUUACCUUUGAAUGACCUUGACUCUCAAGGUCAAAUUAUUAAAUUUUGCUAAAAUUGCCAUAACUUCUUUACUUAUGAUUAGAUUUGAAUGAUACUUUGACAAAACUACUCUUAUCUGACAUACCACAAUAGACUCCACCCAAACCAUCCCCCGUGCCCUCCCCCCC